AUGACGAGGCACGAGGCGAAGUGCGCGGCGGUGCGGUUCGAUGGAGCGCCGGCGUCCCUGGUCGACGUGCACUGCCUGAUAGAGCGCACGCGUCGCCGCGGGGAGGCCGGGGCGGUAGGGAGCCGCGAGGACGGCGAAAUCAGCGUCGGGGCGUUCGUGGAGUACUUUGCCAGGCAGCUGUUCCGCGCUCUGGAUCCCGAGGCGCGCGGCUUUGUGUCGAAUGAGGUGGUGCUGGACGGCUUGCGCGAAGUGGCGCCCGGGCUGUCGCGCAGCACGCUCGAGCAGGUGGUGGCCGCGCUGGACACGGACGUCGACGGGCGCAUCGGGCGCAGCGAGUUCAUCACGGCCGUGCGCGGCCGCGUGGGGUAG